AACCUUACUUUUCUUUCUUUUGUCUAAACCUUCGAAGAGGAACAAAAAAGUUGAAUUACUCGUCCAAUUUGUUGAACAAUUAUGAAGAAGCUUUAAACAUCUGCCACUGAGACUAGGCGAAUUGAUGUUGACGAUGAUCAUCGUUGCGCUCAUCACGGCCAUACUUUUUGGAUUCUGCAUUGUUCCAGUCAACGGCAGGCGGCGGAGGAACAGAGCCGUCGGAUUCUUUCAUCCGUAUACUAACGACGGCGGCGGUGGGGAGAGGGUGCUCUGGUGCGCCGUCAGAGGCAUCCAAGAUGAGAUCCCUGACCUUGACUGCUGUAUCUACACCGGAGAUCAUGACGCCACCCCUCAGUCGCUGAUGGCUCGAGCCCUAGAUCGCUUUGGGGUCACGCUCCUCUCUCCUCCAAAGGUGAUUCAUUUGUACAAGAGGAAGUGGAUCGAAGAAACCACUUAUCCGCACUUUACAAUGAUUGGUCAAAGUCUGGGUUCUAUGUAUCUUGCUUGGGAGGCUUUGUCCAAGUUUACUCCUUUAUAUUACUUUGACACAAGUGGAUAUGCUUUUACAUAUCCACUUGCCCGGUUGUUUGGAUGUAAAGUUAUUUGCUAUACACAUUAUCCUACUAUCAGUUCAGACAUGCUAUCUCGUGUUCGUGAUCGCAGCUUGAUGUAUAAUAAUGAUGCCUUAAUUACCAAGAGUGUUUGGCUGUCAAGAUGCAAAAUAGUCUAUUAUACAUUCUUCAGCUGGUUGUAUGGGAUUGUAGGAUCAUGUGCACACCUGGCUAUGGUCAAUUCAUCUUGGACCAAAUCCCAUAUUGAAAGUCUUUGGAGAGUUCCAGAUCGUAUUAAGCGAGUAUAUCCUCCUUGUGAUACUUCAGGACUCCAGGUACUUCCCUUGGAACGAUCAACGGAAAUUCCUAUAAUAAUAUCUGUUGCACAAUUUCGACCGGAGAAGGCACACACUCUCCAACUUGAGGCUUUUUCAGCUGCCAUUAAGAGAUUAGAUCCUACCUUGCCAAAACCUAAGUUCCAAAUUGUGGGUAGCUGUAGAAAUAAAUCAGAUGAUGACAGACUUCAAAUGUUAAAAAAGAAAGCAAUUGAGCUGAAUAUUAGUGAACAAGUGGAAUUUCACAAGAAUGUGACAUACAGAGAUUUGGUGGGACUUUUAGGGGGUGCUGUUGCUGGGAUUCAUUCAAUGACAGAUGAGCAUUUUGGCAUUAGUGUUGUAGAAUACAUGGCCGCCGGUGCUAUCCCAAUUGCUCAUAAUUCUGCUGGCCCAAAAAUGGACAUUGUGCUAGAUGAAGAUGGACAGCAAACAGGAUUUCUUGCCUGCACUGUUGAAGAAUAUGCAGACGCCAUUGUGAGGACAGUAACAAUGUCGGAGACAGAGAGACUUAAGGUGGCUGCAGCUGCAAGGAGAAGGGCAAGGAGAUUUUCUGAGCAGAGGUUUUAUGAUGACUUCAAAGCUGCAGUGCGUUCUAUCCUGUCUCAUGUUUCUAGGUGAUGUUCUAGCAUCAAAUUAGCAUGACUGUAACAUGAGAAUAUACACCAAGAAUUUUGUUACGGAAAUAGUUAAACUUUUGUUACUUUGUCCUUUCUUACUAUAUGGUAUCUCUUGCUCUUUGUACCAAAUAGUAGAUUAUUCACUUGUACAGAGGACUAUUGAAAGGUGAAGAUUUAGAUCUUAAAAGUAACUAUUUCAUUUUUUUCUUUAAUAUAUAUAUAAUUGCAAACAAAGCUCCUACAUUUCAACCUGCCUCUAACCAAGUCUACUACAUAGUUUGAGAUGAUGAGGCAAUUUCCCUGGGGUUAAUGGAGGUAACAUGAAGAGGAGAAGGAGAGGGAGUGUUUCGACAAACUGGGCAUGUGGUAUUGAUGCGAAGCCACUCGUCUAUGCAAUCUGCAUGGAAGCAGUGUUCGCAUUCUGGAAUGCAUCGUAUUGUCUCUUUGCUGUUGUACUCUGAUAAGCAUAUCCAACAGCAACCACCGUUGGGUCCAGGGACUCUUCUACUCUCUCCAAGCACUACCUUCUCGUAGGACUCAAUGGUGGACUCGUCCAAACCCGUUGCAGCAAUCUGUGGUGCUGGUAAUAUUGUGGCUGGUGCAGACCUUGCAAUAGCAAUGUUACGAAUGUUGGCUAUUCUGUCCUUGUAGCACACGCAACAUGCCAUCAAAAUUGCAAAGAUUGCUGCUGGUCCAGCAAUGCACAAUGUGAUGAUUCUGAAUAUUUGGAUUCCUUGUUGUGAUGGACCUGAACAUUAAGACAGAAAGAAAACAGUGUAUAAGGUGGUCUUUUGUAGAAUGGUAUCUGAAAAUGGGAACACAAAGGAACAGAAAAUCGAUUAAUAGAGAGAGAUCUUUGUUCUAA